UCUUGCGUUUCUACAAAGUUUGAAGGAUUAGUUAUACUAUGAUUAGCCCUUUUGUUGGACGCAUGGAUUUAGUGAAGAUUAUUUUCUUGGUGUUUUCGGUUGUCGUUUUUGUGAGGGGGGAGGACGGGUUGAUAGAGGAAGUAUCGAGCAGGGAUGAGGUGGUGCAGUGGGCUGGUUACGGUGAAGAAAAGCUAUCGACGGUCGUGAUUGAUGGCAAGCUUCUUUGCCAUGCUUCCUUCGAUCAUCGAACUCCUCCACGACCAUUUCCGGUUUCAGGUGCAACGGUGGCUGUUUUCUGCGGGAGAAGUGGGAAGACGAAGCGAUCAUGGGUGAGAGGUAGCAGCAACGGGCACGGCCAGUUCAUAAUCGACCUCCCCUCUCAUCUCCACGCAAUCCCCAAUCUGGAGAAGAUAUGCCAGGUUAAAGUUCUCCACCUCCCGAAGAGCUCUCCCUGCAGACAUGCUUUCACCGGGAAACACAAAGCAAUAGAGCUGACAUCAAUAGGCGAAGGCAUCCGUACCUACACCACUCACAACAUACAUCUGAUGCCAAAACCAUCACCAAAGCAACACACACGACACGGACCUAAGAGAGCGCACAAAGCAUCCGCCCUGUGAUAAUAUAGAGCGUGAGUUGCAGCUUGAGGUGGAUGGCGCUUUUAGUCACGCACUGUUGCAAACUUCGUCUAGCUUGCUUUUGUUUUCCUAUGUAAAAAACUGUCUGGAAUUUCUCAGUGAGAGGAAAAGAUGAACUUGAUCAUGCUAUAUAUUGUAACAUGAAUAAAUUUAUGGAAA